UUUGCGGGCGGUCUUUGAGAUCGCCGAGGUCGUUCGUGUCUGUUGAACGGUUUGUGGGAGUAGUGGUUUCCUUAGUAGGGGGUUAAAAUCGUUCUUGAGAAGAACAUCUCUGUCCGAAGAGAAAAUGAGUUUAGCUCUGAGAAAUGAGUUUGUAGUAGACAAAACAAAAAGGAAAAAAAGAAGAGAACUCUCUGAGGAACAGAAGCAAGAAAUUAAAGAUGCUUUUGAGCUAUUUGAUACAGACAAAGAUGAAGCAAUAGAUUAUCACGAAUUAAAGGUGGCAAUGAGAGCCUUGGGGUUUGAUGUAAAAAAAGCUGAUGUACUGAAGAUUCUUAAAGAUUAUGACACAGAAGCCACAGGGAAAAUCACCUUUGAAGAUUUUAAUGAAGUUGUGACAGACUGGAUAUUGGAAAGAGAUCCACAUGAAGAAAUAUUGAAGGCAUUUAAACUAUUUGAUGAUGAUGAUUCAGGUAAAAUAAGCUUGAGGAAUUUGCGACGUGUUGCCCGAGAAUUGGGUGAAAACAUGAGUGAUGAAGAACUUCGGGCUAUGAUAGACGAAUUUGAUAAAGAUGGUGAUGGAGAAAGCCUUCCCAUUCCUGGUGAAGAUACUGAGAACAUUGUUGAAAUGACAACAAAGGAUUUAGAAUAUUUAAAAUAAACUUAGUUGAUAAUGCAGUGACAGGGUUUGAGAGGAUUGACUCUUAAUUUGAAAGAAGUUCUGCUGUGGGUAUAAUGCUAUUAGACAGCAUUACAUGCACAGAGAAAUCUUUCACGAAAGAGGCAAUCGAUGCGGCAAACUUCAUGGUUGUCUUAUUUUAAGAAAUUGCCACAGCCACCCCAAGCUUCAGCAACUACCACCCUGAUCAGUCACCAGCCAUCAACACUGAGGCAAGACUGUCUACCAGCAAAAAGAUUAUGACUCACUGA